CAUAAAACGUUUUGUUUACAACGAAAGUAAAAAACUAUCAAAAGGCCGGAAAAGUAUAAUAGUCAAAAUAAAAUAUGUCGCUAGCGGAUGAACUACUUGCAGAUCUAGAGGAGGACAAUGACAAUGACAUCGACGAUGCCGAAAUGGCCGAUGCCGACGAUGUCGAGCAGGCAACACUAAACCACGAGCUCGCUGAAAAGUUGCUGAAGCCUGGGCCUAAUCUCAUGGAAGUGGACGUAACAGUCCAAUCCGUGCGGGAGCUGUGCAAGCUGCGCGACUCGGAACGUUUACAGAACACUCUAAAGCAAAUCGAGCACUAUGCAAGGCGGCAGCGCAGCGCCGCCGAAAUGUUGGGCAGCGUGGAAUCCGAUCCGGAAUACUGUCUGAUUGUGGAUGCGAAUGCGAUUGCCGUGGAUAUUGACAAUGAGAUAUCUAUAGUGCACAAGUUCACCAAAGAAAAGUAUCAGAAACGCUUUCCGGAGCUCGACUCACUAAUCGUGGGCGAAAUUGAAUACUUGCUGGCUGUCAAGGAGCUGGGCAACGAUCUGGAUCAGGUCAAGAACAAUGAGAAGCUGCAGGCCAUACUCACUCAGGCCACCAUCAUGAUAGUCUCGGUCACUGCAUCCACCACGCAGGGCACCAUGUUAACGCCCGCGGAGAAGGCAAAAAUCGAUGAGGCCUGCGAAAUGGCAAUUGAGCUGAACAAUUUCAAAUCCAAGAUCUACGAGUACGUAGAGAGCCGUAUGACCUUCAUUGCGCCCAACCUGUCCAUGAUUGUCGGCGCCUCCACAGCUGCCAAACUGUUGGGCAUUGCUGGCGGCCUGACCAAGCUCUCCAAAAUGCCGGCCUGUAAUGUGCAGGUGCUGGGCUCCCAGAAGAAGACGCUCUCGGGCUUCUCGCAGACACAAAUGUUGCCGCAUACGGGCUACGUCUACUACUCACAGAUUGUGCAGGAUACGGCGCCGGAUUUGCGACGCAAAGCGGCCCGCCUUGUGGCUGCCAAGUCGGUGCUAGCAGCGCGUGUUGAUGCCUGCCACGAGAGCGUGCAUGGCGAGAUUGGACUGAAGUUCAAAGAGGACAUCGAAAAGAAGCUGGACAAACUGCAGGAGCCGCCGCCGGUGAAGUUCAUCAAACCGCUGCCGAAACCCAUCGAGGGCAGCAAGAAGAAGCGCGGCGGCAAGCGUGUACGCAAGAUGAAGGAACGCUACGCGCUGACCGAAUUCCGCAAGCAGGCGAAUCGCAUGAACUUCGGCGAUAUCGAGGAGGACGCCUAUCAGGGCGAUUUGGGCUACUCGCGGGGCACCAUUGGCAAAACAGGCACUGGCCGCAUUCGUUUGCCGCAGCUGGAUGAGAAGACAAAGGUGCGCAUCAGCAAGACCCUGCAGAAGAAUCUGCAAAAGCAGCAGGUCUAUGGCGGCAAUACGACCGUGAAGCGUCAAAUAUCAGGCACUGCGUCCAGCGUGGCGUUUACUCCACUGCAGGGCCUGGAAAUAGUUAAUCCUCAAGCGGCGGAGCGAUCCCAUACUGAAGCCAAGUAUUUCUCGAAUACAUCCGGCUUUCUAUCCGUGGGCAAGCGAACCAUUUAAAAGGACCGCGAGCUU